AUUUGCUAGCACGACCAAAAAAAAUGAUAGUUCAUGUUGACUAAUAAAUAUCCAAGAAAUACAUUCAGUUACAUUAUGCGUAAGUAAGUACUCACAAGAAUAAAUAUAUUUAUCAUUAUCUUGAAAACGAAACCAAGAGCAAAAUACCAUGACAUCUCCGACGAGGCCAAAAGGUAGGACGAAGAAUAGUGUCUUUGUCCUUCUUGCUUUGAGCACCCUAGUCGCAAGCGCCGAUAUCUCACAUAAUGCUGAUCGGCAAAACGAGCGAGGACCAGUUUCUUCACCUAGUGAAAACAUUAAGGAACAACGACUACACUGAGAUUGAUUAGUGAAAACAUUAAGGAACAACGACUACACUGAGAUUGAUGAACUUUACUUCUGGGUCUUUCUUUCUCUCUGGGUCGCAAGAGAGGGAGAGUGAGAGGAAGACCCUGGUCCACCUUUGUUGCUCCAACUUCAUCUUCAAGCACAAAAAAUCAGGGUUGCUAUGAGGUUUAUAAUACUUCAAAAUCAUCCACUUCAAAAGGAUCCACUUCAAAAGGAUCCACUUCUAAUACCAGAAUUAGACUGAGAGCAUCAGCUGUGGAUAGGAGAAGGAGAAGGAGAAAAAGUGGUCAAUCAUUCGAGCCAGAAAAAGUAGUAGAUGACGAUGCUGCGCCAGAGAUCGAAGACGAGACAGAAGCCCUAGAACAGGUUUAAGGUCGCGAGGAUUUCUUUUUCAAUAUUUUGUUGUAUGCUGAUCUAUGCAUCAUGUUGAGUACCUCAAAUACAUUAGACCAUAUGGAUAAGGAGGGCACAUGACAUGACAAGUACAACUACCUUUAUAAGAAAUCAAGGAUAAGCUCCGGUUAACUUCAAACGAUUGCGGCUAGGAUUAAGACUCCUAGUUGUAUGAACAUCUAUGUCCUCUGACAACCGCUUGUUAUCAAUCUCUAAGGCGUAGAAUACGAGGACGCCGAAGAUUCUCGAGAGGAAAGUGACGACGACGUGGAACCAGAAACACGACUUCUGGCGUUGUCAAGAAGAACAGAAUUAUGGCCUCCUCUGAGAGAAAGUGUCCUACUCCGGGAUUGAUAAAUUUUUGCCUAAGUGUGGUUGAGUCCCGUUCAUAUGAUGAAGAAGCUUCAUUUCAUCGUAAGUUACUUAGUAGUAGGCGACGUGUUAUUCGUCCUUGUACCUCCUAUUGUCUAGCAAAGUAGAUCAACCUCCUAGGUUAGAAAGAAUCUUCCACAACAUUCCUAUUGAGAGGAUUCGUCCUUGUACCUCCUAUUGUCUAGCAAAGUAGUUCAACCUCCUAGGUUAGAAAGAAUCUUCCACAACAUUCCUAUUGAGAGGUAGUGUCUUGUACCUAUCCUUGUGCCUCCUAUUGUCUAGCAAAUAUCUUCCACAACAUUCCUAUUGAGAGGUAGUGUCAACAUCUUCUAUUCUAAGCUUGCUAGAAGAAGUUUCCGAAGCAGACAAGGAAUACACCGGCUGCUGCUUCCACAUCGGAUACGGAGCGCAGAUGAUACCCUGUUGUCUUAAGAUUCUUCAAACAUGCACCGGCUAUGACGAUUUGAAGAAUAGACAGAUGCUCGGAGGGCAAUACGGCAAGACCACUGGUGCUUGCCCGCAAGAUGCUGAUGAGGCUGCGGCGAUUAUCAAGGUACUAUUUUCAUAUCGUUAUAAGAUUUAUGAUCAUGAUGAUGUUACACCUUCGUAAUAUAACUUGCAACUAGGCCUGCUCAAGAACAUAGAACCGUAGUUCUACAAAACAAAGAGAAAAUGAAAGAGCAAAACAAUAUUAAAGCCACUCGUCCUUCACAUUCAAGUACAACGUCAUCUUCCAUCACGUCACUCAUCUAAGAAACCUCGAGAAUCAAGAAACUUUAAAAACCAAACCUCAAACAAGCAGGUAAACAGAGAAACUGGAAAUCAGCUGUUGUUAGGUCGAAAGCGUAGUGAGAGGGCACCGAAGUUGAGCUUCAUGGAUUACGUCGAUCCGUGGCACAUUAUUCUUGCAAUUUUCUUAAGGCUACUGGUCCUGAUGCGUCCUCUUCCUCAAUCCUUGACCCUUUUUCAAUAAGCAAGUUGAUGAUUAAUUUCAAUGACUCUCAGAUGAGAGGAAGAUGCGAACGCGGUUGUAGCUCUAAUUUUCAUCGCCGGUGUAGCCGUGGGGGUGGGCGUGAUCGUCAAGCGAUCAGCCGCCAAUCGUCGAACCUCGCAGCAACAGCAGCAAUUGUUAGAGUAAAUACCUGAACAUCGUAGAGCUCUUUUUAAGGCUCAACUUUCAUUCCUCAUUGGGGUUGGUCACUGAGAUCGCAGAGCAGGGGCUCUCCUUAGAGAACAGGGGAAAAUGAAGGGAAAAGGGAAGAGCUUUGAAGAUGGUCUCUUCCGUUCAGAAUCAGUGACCACUGACUGCUGAACUUUAGUCUUUGUUUGGGAAAUAGUGAAAAUCUUGAGAUACUUGAACUUCUUAAGCAAUAUCUGUGUAAUUUUUUGUCCAUAUUGUAGCUGCUUUGUCAUCAUAUUCUGUCGAGUUGUUUUUGAAUCGUUCGUGCCAUACAUAGAAUUAUGCCUCGUUGUAAACCAUACAACUCAAAGGCAAUGAAGUGCAUGUGGAGUAGAUUCACAUAUGCCACAUGGUCCACCUUUAACGUAACCUCGGAUCUUUUCACGGAUCUCUUCGAGCAUGCUGACUUCUGAAAUUAACAGUAUACGAACAAGUUUAUGACAACGCAUCUAGUCUCACUAAGGCCACCCCUCUUCAUUCAACAUCAGAACAUAAACAACAUCAUCAGAUAUUCUGUGCAGGAACAACUGACGGAGUUACUCUUUCUUCCGCUUCCGCAUAGAAAAAACAAGGCAC